UUGCCGCCCGCGGUGGAUCGUCGUCUACCUGGCGCUCGUUCUGGUGAGGGACCGUGCUGGCCAAAUUCGAGAUUCUCUCUCCUUCCUGCGCCACCCUACGAAUAUUAUAUGACACUGUGUGCCAGAUCGAAGGACAUCCUCACGCUUUCCCGGAACUAUCGCCAGACACCGAAAGUUCCUCGGCGCGGGAUGCACCGUCCUCGAUCUCAGAACUGAUCGACGCGGCGUACGAGAAGCGCGAAUUGAUGCGACCGCAAGAAUGGCGAGUCGCUAACGGGGAUGAUCAAGUGAUUGAGCAAACGCAGUGGGACGCCUCGAAGCAGCAGGAGUCUUCGAGCGACGACGAAGCGAUGCAAUACAGAAAAAGGAAACUGCUCCAAGUUUCAAGCACAGGCUCACCGAUGCAUAGGAGCGCAAUUACGAUGCGCAGAAACACGGGGAUGCACAGGAACUCGGACGAGAUCAUUUUCCCGGAUGGUAGAAUUACAUCAACUACGUCGCAAACGUUGCUGCCGUCGACCUGCCGCAGGAAAACGUACUGCGAGAACGUCGCCGAGUACCCCAGGCAGCUGGUGAACGCAGCGAUAGCGCGGAAUGCCAGUUUAAGGUUCCUGGAGAGCGUUGAUCCGAUGCCCGACAUUGAACAAAGGAUAGGCGAGAGGAUGGAUGAAUCAUCGCUCUGUCCAUCUCACGAGCAAGUGGUAUACCCGCAAAGCGCGCAGAACAAGGACAAGCAAUGGUUGUUCAUUGUGAAUCAGGAUAACUUGAAGCAAGGGAUACGCAUUGAAGUUUGCUUAAACGACGGUCAAAGAUGCAACCUAAUUGACGGUUUCGCCGAGGGCUACAAGACUACCUGCAAACAAAAAUACAUCUAUCGAGAAUUGGCUGCGGUGGGAAGCGACGGUAAAAUCUUCAAGGAUCAAUUCCGCUUUCCGUCGAGCUGCUGUUGUCACGCGACGUUCAUUGGCAAUUCUAAUGUCAGAUUCGGAUUAGGACUAGACCUGGCAGCCAAUCAGUCACAACAGGAGUAGACCGAGCGUCUUCUCCACCCCAACGGUGCUUCGAAAGCAAAGGAAAGACGAACGAGAAGAGAAUAGUUCUUUCUGUCUUAUUCGUGUUCAUGUAGACGUUUGAUAUGUCGCAUGUUCGCAUGAUGAGAUGCCGAGGAUGAUCAAACUCCGAUUAAUUUAUCAAUACCUAUGCAUAUCAACUAUCAUUAAUCCUUAAUAGUAAAAUUAUUAAUUUCACACAUAAAAAAAAUAGAGAUUAAGGGUAACAAAUCAUAUAAUCAGGAAUUUUGCUGUAAACAAUUUGUCGAUUAAAUUAAUUGUCGAGCUUGGUCGAAUUCAUUGCCAGCGGUUUUAGUUACCAAUUUUUCGUUCUCUUUCUACGUUCAGACCUCAUGUGCUCGAUCUAUUCAUAUAUUACUACGAAUCGGAGGACCACCGCCGUGUCCAGAAUACGAAAAGAGAAGUAAAAGAAAUUAAGCACGCAAAGGAAUUCGCGAGCAGAAAACACAAUCGACGAUGUUUAAUGGAAACGGAAGUGUCCAUAAAGGAACUAUGCAGUUUUCAUAUAAAUAUCACCAAUGCUCUCUUGUAUUAUUAACACGCGAACAAUAUUAAACAAUAGGAUAAGAAAAUUAUGUAUAGAAUUAUAUUAUCAUGUGAUAUUAUGUGAUACAAUUACUUAUACGCUAAUUACGUGUACGUUUGUAUUUUCUAAAUCUUACAAGUAAUUUUACAAAUAAAGCGAUCCAUUCUUCGCUCGUGUACACACGCUUUUCUCAUCACCAGAUCGCCGACAAAAAGGUACAUAAUUUAUAAAAAUAUAUUUAUAGAAUAUUUCAAGCUUCGAGACGCGAUGCGUCUUCAGUUAUACAUAUAGAGGCAAACUCGUAAAUGAUUAUUUGUACGUUAUAACAUGAUUACUUCUGGCAGUUUUCCGUUCAAUGGAAGUCAGAGAUUUGUCCAGUAUACAUGCAAGUUUGUCUUAAUUUUCUAAUGGAUUUUCAUACAAAAUGCAUCGUGCCCAUAUGGAAAAAAUGCACUCGUCCCUUGGACAAGUAAGGAACAUAGAUAUAAAAAUAAAAAGCGUCAGUUGUCCUUCUGCAUUGUAAAGCUCUCGUUCUGCUCUGUUAAAUAUCCUGUUGACAUCGUUUGUGAAGCUAUCCUCAGCGUGUCUGUGACAAAAAGAGUGAAAUCAAUUCAACUGAUCUAGCAAUAGAAUAAUAACAGAAAGACUGAUAUGUAAAUAUACAACACAUGUAAAAAUGAUCUUAUUCCAUCAGAGCUUAUUAGUGCUUAGCUCUUAAGAGUGCAAUGUAAUUGAAUUUUCACUUAAGUCCUAAUUCAAAAUUAGGACAGUUUACAGUAUCUCCUACUAAAAUUUUGAUAGUUUAAAAUAUAUUCGAUUCAAAAAGACUAAGUUACCAAUUGAAUAAGAUUUUAUUUACAUUAAAAUAGUGUUGGUUCAGUUAUUCCAAUUCCUUGCAAAAUAUCUGUAAAAUGUAAAAAAUUUAAUUUUGUAAAUAAAUUUUUGCCUUCAGAGUAGUAUUAAUAUAAUAUGAAAAAAUGUGAGUAUAUACUCUUGCGCUCUAAAGUAAUAAUAAUUUAUAUACAUCUAGUACAGUAAAGUAUGCGACAAAUAUCUUUUCAGUCUGGAAACAUAGUCAUAAAUUGAAGACGGAAUAGUAAUAUCACAAAUUAAAUAAAUAAUCAAUUUAGUAGUGGUAAUGCAUCGUUGAACACUGCAAAAAGGUUGUAAAAAAAUAUAUAAUAUAAAUAUUGUAUUAUAAUAUUAAAAAUAUUACAUCAA